AUGUCUGCGAACCCUCAAGUCACACCAAACCCAACUCUGGGGCUGGAUAUACUCCGAAGCCCACCGGAUCCCACUGUUGACAUUGUGGCCGUUCAUGGCCUCAGUGCGAGCCCAGAGAAGAGUUGGCUCUACGAAAAGGAAGGUUCCAAGAGCUAUCAUUGGCUGAAAGAUGAUGAUGGGCUUGCCAAAGACUUUCCUAGUGCUCGCAUUAUGCUCUUCGUAUAUAGCUCGGCAUACGCGAAACGUUUCAAGAUGAAGCAGUAUAUGGUCAACCUAGCAGCCGAGCUUCUCGAGGCCCUGAAUUUGAGAAGAGAGGAACAGAAAUGCGCCCGGAGACCAGUGGUAAUGCUUGGGCAUAGCAUGGGCGGACUGGUAAUUGCGAAAGCAUUGUGUCUCGCGGAAAGUGAACGGCUCCACUACCCAGACAUGUACGAAAGCAUCACAGGCUGCUUUUUCUUUGGAACACCCUUCAACGGUGCGCCUGUGGCAGAAGUAGCCGAACAUUGGGCCAAGAUGCAAGUCAAAGAAAACACUGGCAAGGCGGUCGACUCGCAGCUCCUGACACUACUCAAGCCUGGAAAUGAGAGCUUACGAGAGCUGAAACGUGGUUUUGUGCAUUCUGUCGGCAAGCUAUCCCAGAAGGUCGAGGUUCACUGCUUCUUUGAAGAACUGAAUACAAAUUGGACAGACAUCAUCCAAAAGCUAACCAGUGAGAAUUUUCCCGAAGACAUGCUUGACAAGUUGCGGUCAAAGGAAUCUGCUGAAUUUGUCAGCCGAGACUCAGCAAGUCUUGAUUCUUCCACGGAGACAGGCCUCUACAGAGCCCACAGAGAUAUGGUCAAGGUUGAGUCAUUCAAGGAUCCCCAAUACCAGCGAGUGAGAGGACCACUCAAGAUGAUUAUUCAGAGUGCUCCGCGAGUUGCCAGAGGGCGAUUCAACUGUACCCGCGAAACCGCAAUAGACAGCCAAACCUGGAGAAGAGUCAUCGAACGCAAUCUUGCGUCGCUUGAAGAGAGCCGCAGAUGA